AUGAUUCCUGUGCAAUCGAAUAUUACAUCCCGACCUUUGGCGACUAAUGCCUGGCGUCAUGCUAUUCGUCCUUCAGUUCGUAAUUGGUCAACCUGCAAGGUUGCUUCAUGGUUGAAAUUUCGCGGAUUGGGCCAUGUACCUUCUCAAAUAGCUGGUGGCAUAGAUGGUGUUUUAUUGUCCCAGUUAGCUGGUUUACGCAUUUGGGCUCCCGAGUACUUCACUCACUGUUUACGAUCUGAACUAGGUCUUGGCUUUGCUGAUUCUCUACGCUUCUUAGAAGCGUUAGACGAGCUUGCUCCGGAGGAUAGUGAUGGCCAUGAUGUUGAAGAUGUUGAUGAUUGUGUAAAUGGACGUCCGCAUUUGGGAAAUCAUGAUGGGGCAUCGUCUAGAGCAUAG